AUGAUCUGGACGCUGCACAUCACUAUUAUUCGUGCCGAGCUUCCGGGAUGCGGACUCGAUUGGCUCACAGUUGGUUCGUUAAAAACAAAUCUUGGUCUUAGAGGCGGCUUCGUCCACGUGUUUGUUGUAUUUGUGAGUCAGGCGUACGGGGCGCAGCAGAGCGGAGGGGAACCCGCUCAGAGGCCAAGGGGGAGGGAGGGUUAUGUCGGGAUAUUUAUAGAGGCGCCGCGACGCCGGCCCCUAACUAUCGCACGCGUUAUUUGGCUGCCCGCUGAGCAUUUUUCCCGCGGCGACCGUUCGCGUGACGCCAAUGUCACAGCAUCACCAAUGGCGCUUCCGAUAAACAUUGAC